GUCAAGUCCGGCCUGCAGAUCAAGAAGAACGCCAUCAUCGACGACUACAAGGUCACCAGCCAGGUCCUGGGGCUGGGCAUCAACGGCAAAGUGCUGCAGAUCUUCAACAAGAGGACCCAGGAGAAAUUCGCCCUCAAAAUGCUCCAGGACUGUCCCAAGGCUCGCAGGGAGGUGGAGCUGCACUGGCGGGCCUCCCAGUGCCCACACAUCGUGCGUAUUGUGGACGUUUAUGAGAAUCUGUAUGCGGGGAGGAAGUGCCUGCUGAUCGUCAUGGAGUGUCUGGAUGGUGGGGAACUCUUCAGCCGAAUCCAGGACCGGGGAGACCAAGCGUUCACAGAAAGAGAAGCGUCAGAAAUCAUGAAGAGCAUUGGCGAGGCCAUCCAGUAUUUGCACUCGAUCAACAUUGCUCAUCGAGACGUCAAGCCUGAGAAUCUCUUAUACACCUCCAAAAGGCCCAACGCCAUUCUGAAACUCACUGACUUUGGUUUUGCCAAGGAGACCACGAGCCACAACUCCUUGACCACUCCUUGUUACACGCCGUACUAUGUGGCUCCAGAAGUGCUGGGCCCAGAGAAGUAUGACAAGUCAUGUGACAUGUGGUCCUUGGGUGUCAUCAUGUACAUCCUGCUGUGUGGGUACCCUCCCUUCUAUUCCAACCAUGGCCUUGCCAUCUCUCCGGGCAUGAAGACUCGCAUCCGAAUGGGCCAGUAUGAAUUUCCCAACCCAGAAUGGUCAGAAGUAUCCGAAGAAGUGAAGAUGCUGAUCCGGAACCUGCUGAAAACAGAGCCUACCCAGAGAAUGACCAUCACAGAGUUCAUGAACCACCCCUGGAUCAUGCAAUCUACAAAGGUCCCUCAGACGCCACUGCACACCAGCCGGGUCCUGAAGGAAGACAAGGAGCGGUGGGAAGACGUGAAGGAGGAGAUGACCAGUGCCUUGGCCACAAUGCGUGUUGACUAUGAGCAGAUCAAGAUCAAAAAGAUCGAAGAUGCGUCCAACCCUUUGCUUCUGAAGAGGAGGAAGAAAGCGCGGGCUCUGGAGGCAGCAGCGCUGGCUCACUGAGCCGCCAGCCUCCCGCACUGCCGGAGGACAAGCAAUAACUCUCUACAGGAAUAGACACGGAUCGCCCACCUCUGCUUUCUCUGCUCCUCAGCUGCAUGGAGCCCGGAACCGCGGCGGCGGCUGAAUUUCGCCUUUGGCUCGGGCCACCUGGAGGGGGAAGGCUGGGAGGCUGUGGAAGAGGGGCAAGGUGCUCUCAAACCUGUGCUCGUUUUGCAAUUUUAUCAGUCAUCUGACUUAGAAUUUUUAUGGAAUCUCUUUUAUUGUCUUUUCUCCCCACUCUUCCUCCCUCUGCCCCCCCCCCAGUGGGUACUGCCAAGGUUUGGAGAUUGUCCAAGGGUAUUGUGGGAAGACAUUACAGGGAGUGUCCCACGUUGUCCCACCUGCCUCCCCCUGUGUUCCUGGUAUAGUCCGGAGCCCUCCUUGGAUCAGGUGUGGGGGGUGCCAGCCGCCUCCUCUGCUGGGGUCCUCACCCGUGUGCCGAGCAGAUAGGAGUGAGUGCGAGCGUGUGUGCAUGUGUGCGUGUUCAGAUCUGCACUGGGGCUGUGCACGUGAGGGUGCCCCGCCCCCCGCCCCCACCUUUCCGAGCUGCCGAAGUGCCUGGGAAGCCUGACGAGGAGCCAGGUGGCCGUGGCCUGUGUGCUCACUGGGGAAGGGGCAGCAGGUGGCUGGGCACCAGCACAGCCAUCAAAAAUACUGGAUCCCCCCCCUUUCCCUCUCAGGACCCCCUCUCCCUGGAAGCAUCAGUCCUAGAUUCCUGAGGGGGGCACCUCUAUGAAUGGCCCCUCUUCUUCCCCUUCCUGCCAUUAUUAACUUGUUCCUGUUGAUUUGUUUUUUUUUUUGGUUUUGUUUUUUUGGUUCAGUUUCUAGCCAUUGCUCAGUGGCCGCCUCUCAGCUCACGUGGGCGAGCCUGGGCAGGUCAUACCAGAAGCCUUCGGGUCUCAUGCAUCUCUCCUGGCCUCUGGGUAUCAGCCAGCCUCCCCUUGUGGACAACAGCAGGACCGGUGCUGUGGUCCUCCUGUAAACUUCCACUGUGUGGCCUAGUGGGUAGGGGAAGUCUUCGCACCAAAGAUGUCCCGACUCUGCCCCCUAUCCACUAGCCACCUUCCCUCACCCCUCACAACAACUCAGCCUGUGAAGGGGGGAGGAGCUCCCAGUAUUGAAGAGGAGCAGGUAGGGCGAGUCCUUCAUGCCAUGGUCCUCCAUUCCCUUCCCUUUGGAGGAGGGGUGGCUCCCUCAGGGGUUGGUGGUGGAGGGGCACCCGGGUUCCUCCCGCCUGGGGGCCGGGCAGCCCCUCCCUCAUCUGUGUGAUGGUGUGUCCAGCACUCAGACUGUUGUAAACUGUUGUUUUGUAUGAGCGAAAUUGUCUUUACUAAACAGAUUUAAUAGUUGAA